AUGGGCUUCUUCGACGACAUCAAGGGCAAACUUACCGGCGACGACGACCACAACCGUCACGGCAACGUCUCGCCUUACCAGGGCGGCUACCAGCAGGGCUACCAGCAGCAGGGUUACCAGCAGCAGGGCUACGGCGGUCCCGGUGGCCCCGGAGGGUACCAGCAGCAGGGCUACGUCCAGCCUGGUGGAUACCAGCAGCAAGGAGGCUACCAGCAGCCGGGCGGAUACCAGCAGCAGGGCGGAUACCAGGGUGGCUACCAGCAGCACGGCCAGCAGCCGUACCAGUCGCACGGCCCCGGCCAGCACGGCGGUCCCCACGGUGGACCGCAGGGCCAGCACGGCGGCCCUCACGGCGAGAAGAAGGACAAGGGCUGGUCGACCGGCGCCAAGGUUGCCGCUGGUGUUCUCGGCGCUGCCGCUGUCGUCGGUGUCGGCGCUUGGGGUGUCCAUGAGGAGGAAGAGGAGGAGCGCCGUCGCCAGGAGGAGGAGCGUCGCCGCUGGGAGGAAGAGCAGGAGGCGGACCGCCGCCGCUGGGAACAGGAGCAGGAGAAGCAGAACGACUACAACGGCGGCGGCGGUGGUGGCGACUACAACCAGAGCCGCUCGUACGGCGGCUCCAACGAGGAGCGUCAGGCCGAGCUCGACCGUCGCCAGGAGGAGCUCGACCGCCGCCAGGCCGACCUCGACUCGCAGUGGGAGAACUGCGACAACGACGACGAUCGCCAGCGCCUCGAGCAGCUCCAGAACCAGAAGGACGAGGACCAGCGCCGCAAGGAUGACGACCAGCGCGAGCAGGACCGCCGCUGGGAGGCGUAA